GAGGCAGAGAUUGCUCUUCGUACACAUAAAAUGAAUAGACCUCUUACUUUCUUUUUUUUUUUUUUAGAUUUAUUUUUGUUUGCAUGUAUGUCUGUGCACCACAGGCAUGCAGUUCUCAUGGAGGCCAGAAGAGAGCAUUGGAUCCCCUCCAACUGGAGUUACAGAUGGUUGUGAGGCACCAUGUGGGUGCUGAAACUGAACCUCAGUCCUCUAGAAGAGUAGCCAGUGCUUUUAAUGGUUGAGCCACUUCUCCAGCUCCUUAAUACUGCCUUCUAAACCUUCGCAUUGGAAAGUCAUUUAUCAUUCAGUAUGCUGAUGGAAACUGUGAUGUUUAAUACAUGUGAAGCAGGAGUCUGUAGCAUGCACGUUUAUGUUCUUUACAAACCCUUAGCUAUUUGGAACCAGGCGAAUGCUGUUUCAUAAUAUUUUAAAGGGUGACUCCUAGCGAAUACUGGCUAGGAGUGCUAUGAAUCCCUAGUGAAAAUAUGGCUCCCUAGUGAAUGAUUAGUUUUGUGUUAACUGGGGAUGCUAGAAAUACUGGGGACCAGUUCUAUCUGAACUGAAAAGCCAGUGGCCUCCUGUAGAUGAGAUGCUGAAGGUUCGUGACCUCACUGCUACAGUGGUAAAGAAGAGGAGGAGACAGAGGUGGCAUUUCCACCUGGUGUUUGGGGCAGGGUGGGGGAAAGCAGAGAGGUUCUGACAUUUGGUGGGUUUCCUCCAAAGGCAGCAGCAGCUUUUGACCUGAAGUCUGGCUUGUCUGUGUUUGUGCAUGAGCAUUACAUAAACAUGAUGUUUCUGCAAAAAUCUCUGUGUAUUUGCUUUCCCCCUUUGCCUCACCCUACUCUAUAUUUCUAUGUAUAUGUCCUUCCAGAAUUUUGUCACGGGGUAAGGGUUUGCCAUGGAGUCCUAAGUAUGAGAAAUCUGUGACUUUGGGGAGAAAAACAAGACAUAUUUAUUCUCAUUUAUUUCUAAGCUGAAAUGUAGCCCUCCUCCUGGGGUUAUGAAGGAACAAACCACAGUGCCUUGACCCUGCUACUAGUUGAAAUGCUCACUUAUUAGCAGCCAUUGUAGGUCCCAGGAGUCUUGAGAUGGUUUAAGCUUUAUCACCUGAAAUUUCUUUAGUAGAUCUUGUUGCUUUAUGUAUCAAUUAGGAGCACAAAAAACAGUACUUUUUUUUUACAAGAAUGGUCUGGAGUUCAAGGCUAUGUAGUAAGAUGCUACCUAAGGCCCUGCCUCAAAAACCGCCUCCUUGGCUUUUAAUAACUAUCUAAUUUAAUGAGUUUCCUGCAUGUACUUUAAUGUGUUGAUGACGAACUUGAUGAAAGCAGCCUCCUCAGGUCUCUCUGGUCCUUCCCGUGGUUACUGGAAGGUUCUCUUGACACCUUCCUCUCCUGAAGUAGCAAAGAGACUUCUCUGAAUUUCUCUGUUUCCUGAAGGCGGGUCCACUAAAGAGGAACACAAUUACCUUCAAUCAUUGACUUCUCUGUUUUUCCCUAUAGAGAUGGGGUCCUGUAGAAAUCAUAGUCCUCCUGCCUCAGCUGCCGCAGUGUUGGGAUCCCAUGUGUGGCCUCCUUGUCUGCAUCUGACUCUGUGGUCAGGCUCCCCCAACAGUAUUUCAUCCUGCUUUAAAAUCACCUGCAAGCCUUUUACUUCCUCCCUGAGGAAGGAAUCCCAACUUCACCACUCUGGCUUCGUGUGGGAAGCGAAGGUUCCAAGUCUAGAGAAAAAAGGCGGGAAAUAAACAGAGGCGAGGCCUCCGCGUGACCCGCCGCGCUGCCUGCUGGGAACUGUGCACUAGGGCGCCUGCGCAGAGGGACACGAAGCCUUUCGCUGUUGCGCCGUUCUGAGGCGGAAGGUUGUGGCCGAAUCUCCGAUCGCUAGUGGGACAAGAGGUUUGUGCCUCCAGAGUAUAAUGGCAAACCACCUCGUAAAACCUGAUUCUAGAAACUGCAAGAGGUCAAGAGAAUUGGAGCCUCAGGUGUCAGAUAGUCCACAGGUACCCUCGCUUGGAAAAUUGGAUUCUUCUUUCUCUGAAAGUUCUGGACUCCUUUAUAAAGAGGAAGCCCUAGAGAAGGAUUUGAGUGAUACGAGCAAGGAAAUUAAUCUGAUGUUGUCUACAUAUGCAAAGAUUUUGAGUGAGAGAGCAGCCGUAGAUGCGUCUUACAUUGAUGAACUAGAGAGACUCUUCAGAGAAGCCAAUAUUAUUGAAAAUUUUCUGAUCCAAAAAAGAGAGUUCCUGAAGCAGAGGUUUGCAAUGAUUACCAACACACUGCAAAAGUAAAGUGCUUAUACUCACUGAAAGUUGGUCCGUAUUAUUGCUGUAUUCUACUUGUUAAAGAAAAUAUAUGAAGUAAACUGUAACUUUCUAAAUUUAAAAGGGUUUUAAUAUGAACAGUAAUAUAAAGCUUGUAAUCUUUCUUUUGAGGGUUGAAUAUUUGGCACAUUUUAUAAAAAUGUAAAUUAAAAAUUAUGUGUUAUUUUUUUCUCCUUUACUCCUAAAUUGCUUAACUCUUCUUAAAUUGUAAAAGAGGACUCUCUUAAUUUGAUUAUGCCUAACAAUAUUUGUUUAACUAGCAGCUAAUUUUGGAGAUAGUUUUCUUGGUUAGUAUUAUAAAAGAACUUAAACAUUAAAGGUCCUUUGUCCAGUUUUUCAACAUGUAAUAAAAUAUAACUAUGUGCUGCUGCUAUUUAAUAUUACCAUUUAAUUAAUUUUACUUUUAACCAUUAUAUUUGACUAAUAAAAAUUUGACUUAAAACAUUUUCAUUUGAUAAAAGUAGUAAAAUAAAAAUUCAAAGUUGCUGUAACCUGACUAUUUCUUUACUUUUUAAGCAUCAUGCUGUAUGGAACCCAGGUGAAUUCAUGCUACAUCUGUCUUAACCUCUAAAGUAUCAGCACUAUGGUUAUGUACCACCAAGUCAGGCUGUCUGGGUGACUUUUUACCUAAUAACCACAUGGUUUGUGAAGCUGAUGAAUUAUAUUUAUAAGCCUUAGCUGUAGGGUGAGAUGGAGAUUAGUAAUACGGAACUCAGAGGUCAGCUUAACCAUGUCUUUGGCAAGGCCACUUCAAUCCUAAGAUAAUGUAAAGUUGAAUUUGGUCUAAGGGAUCUCUUGUCAAAUUAAUCCUCUUUUGAUACAAAUAAAAUACAGCUAUGAUUUUAUUCAUAAUGGCCUAUAUAAUAUAUAACUACAUUAUUUGGGUUAAAAAAAGAAAUCUCCAUUUUCAGUCAUAUACACAAUUUGGUCUUCUGUAUAUGUAUUUUCCAAUAUAAGCAAUUAGAACUUGGGUUCAUUUGCAUCUGGCACAAUAAGGAAUUUGUAUUCUUAAAUUAGGCAGAAUCUUACCUUGCUCCCUAUAAACUUUAAAAUAAAUUUUUAUUUUAACAAGUUUCUUUUUUGUUUGUUUGAGGCAGGAUCUAUGUAGCCCUGGCUGACCUAGUACUCACUAUGUAGCCCAGUCUGGCCUUGAACCCUCAGAGAUCUAGCUGCCUCUGCCUCCAGAGUGAUGGAAUUAUAAGAGAUAAGAAAGGGAAGGAAUGGGGUGCUGAAUCCUGUAUCUUGGUAUUUUUGCUUCCUAGCAGUGUUUGCUACUUAGAUUCUCAAAGAUUCUUGUUAAAGUAACAAAUUCAUGUGUGGCUCUAUAUAUCAUGGUGUCCUGACUGCUUUAUCGUGAGAGAAUGCUUUCCAUAAGAUUAAUGAAUGUGGAAGGAAAGGGACGAAAGGGAUAUGGGUGAGCUGUCUGCUGGUCUAAAUUUGGACUUUAUUCUGUGUCUGAAUCAUUCAGGAGAGAAAUUGUGUAAUGAACACCUAAAUCCGGUUCCAUGGACUUAAACUACAGGUGGGGGCAGAUUCCAGAAAGGGAUGGCCAAGGAGGGAGAUU